GAGUCAGCUUGCGCCGUGAUCAGACGCCCGUUCGUGUAGUGUAGAUUGUUCGCGAAUUCUCCGUCUACGGGUUAUCCCCUUUGAGAAGUGGGAGUGAAAAGAGAGGAGGAACUAAAUAACAAUAAGCGUUGUGCGGUGGCAGUUUGACAGCGGAAUAUGCAAAUGAUAAAACUGUGGUGACCGACGACAAGAUUAGAACCGGAAGAAAGUGCCGUGGCUGAUCGAUCACGGGACGGAAACUGUCGACGUGUCUUGCAUGUUUUGCGUGUGUCACCGUGUGACGUCCGUCUCUGGAAUAUUCGUUCCGUGGAAGUUACUGGACGAAAAAAAAAAGGUGAAGUAAGGGGAGUGAGAACGGCAUUCAAACGUAACCCGUGGCGCAGGGCGAAAGGGUGUCCUGAUUGUGCCUGGAAGUUCGCAGUGAUCGUGAAUUAUUCAAGCGUGUGCAUUCAGAUUUGAUAUUCUGUUCCUAAAAUGAAAGUCGUAAAAGUGUGAGAAAAAGGUUCCGUGAUUCGAGGGAAAAUCAUCCAGCCAUAUUUGAGGUUGCUUGCUUAACUAUUCACUCGUUGUCUUUUUCUCGCCUUGAUCCGGUCGCUCAGUGAAUAUGGUGGUCAGAAAGAGCGCGCAAUAUACGUGAUCGGAAUGUGGUGCCUGUGAGGCUUUCGAUCCAGUGAGUGUAUUUAUUUACGGGUGUAAUUUUUCGGCAGUGUUGGUGUCCCAAGUGCCCGGAUUAAGAGAGGCCCGAACCCUGCGCAAGAGUCAUAGCAGUGUGCUGGUGUGGUUUUCUUCCUUCUCGUCCACCCGGACACUUCCAGAGAGUUCUUAGCUAAGUGGCCAUUGGUUUCGCACCGCUGGAUACCUGUUUGUGGACAGACACGCACUCUGUCUUGGAACGAAACGAAGAAAACGAAUAUCGAGUUUGGAUUCUUUUGGUUGCUAAGAAGAAGUGCGUUCUUCUGAAGCAGAACCUCGACCGCUCAUAUGAAAGUUCGAAAUAUGGGAGACUCGACGCCAAUCUGUCGCUGUCGUGUACUCUAUCUUGGCAGUGCCGUGCCUCGUCAGAGCAAGGAUGGCUUACAGGGCAUCCAGGAACCGCUACGGAGUCUUUACCCUUCCGAGGGAGCAAUCGGUGCCAAGGGGAUUGAUUCUUGGUUGAGCGUCUGGUCCAAUGGAAUCCUUCUGGAAAACGUGGAUGAGAAUCGUAAACAGGUUACCAGAUUCUUCCCGAUCGACUCCCUGCACUACUGCGCUGCGGUGCGACAGGUUCUGAUCCCGGAACGAGGAAACAACAAUCCGGAACCGAAAUUUCUCCCGCUGGAUUCACCCUUUGCGCGGACACCUCGCGCUCAGCAUCCACCGAUCUUCGCAGCAAUUCUACGACGAACCACCGGAAUCAAGGUGCUCGAGUGUCACACGUUCAUCUGCAAACGGGAAGCAGCCGCUAAUGCGUUAGUGCGUUGCUGCUUUCAUGCCUAUGCCGACAAUUCGUACGCACGCCAGCUGGAAGGAUCCGGCAGCGGAAGCUCGAACAGUGUCUACGGCACGAUCGGUGGCAAAUCCAACGGAACGGCAGACGGCGGCUGGAGAUCACGUGCCGGCAGUACCACAACGCUGAACAGCGUCGGUGUUAGCAGUCGGCAGCCAAUUAACGGCGUUGGCGAGGCGUACACGGUGAAAAAUCUGUACGCCAGCAGUGCCGACCUCGAAGUGGUGGACGAUGGUGACGAAGGAUCGCUGUACAAUGGCGAUGAAAAUCACAAGGUUUGGAAUGGUUCCACCGAUCAGCUGGACGGAAUCGGCGUGGGCGACAGUGGCCAUUAUGAUAUUUAUUCCGGGACCGGGUCGACGCUGGGCCGCCCAGUCCGGGCACGUCAGAUCAGUGCUCCGAUACCGGUGCCACCACCACCGAAGGAAGAGCUGAAGAAGUUGAAGAAAGAAGCGAAGAAACAGUCCAAACAACAGAUUCAGGUAGGAAGUCAAAGUCUAUCUGGCACGCUUAUAAGACCCCGUCCAAUGCACAUGAAUCCACUAGGUCGACCCGGACCCCCUCCCCCACCAAUCGGAGGUCCCGGAGGUCAUCCGGGCAUGAUGAUGUACCCACUGGGGCCACCGCCUCCACCGUCGCAUGGUUGGCGCCAAUUUCACACUAUAGGCCAUCGCAGUCACAACGGAUCCGGAAUGCCACCGAUGAUGCAUCACCAGAUUCAAAUGCACCCGGGAAUGCAUCCGGGACUGGCGAUGGUGCCCCCACAGUACGCAACCCUGCAACAUCCGCGCAGCAGCAAGAAAAAGAAAGACAAAAACAAGAUGAACGGUGGAAUACCGAUUGGCGUCCCGGUGGUACCUCCGAUCUUUGCCUACCCACCUCAGCCCGGAUCAGUCAUGGAGCCACGUCCACUUUCGAUGAGUAAUCGAAAGUUAGCGCAAUCCGCAGCCGCCGGACUGGACGAGUCCGGCAACUCGGGAGCGGAAUCCCCCGGCGGUACGGGAAUCUAUCGCCGCAAGGGACACCUCAACGAGCGGGCAUUCAGCUACUCGAUCCGACAGGAACACCGAAGCCGAAGUCACGGCUCACUCGCUAGUCUACAGUUUAACCCACCUGACAUGAAGAAGGAACGGGAAAUCGCUCAGAUGGUUGCCGGGCUGGAGCUGAACGACGAAUCAACGCUCCAGCGGCGACGCUCCGAGGUAAUGGCCGGAUCGUCCGGAACGUUCGGUAAGCCACGGAGAUGAGAGGACCCGGGGUUACGUUAAAAGCGGGUGUGUGUUUAUAGUUUUGCGAAACCUGAAACAAACAGAGAAAAAAACAAAUGCACUUGUUUUAAUCAUACAAUAAGUCCGGGAGUGAAGCGGUCGGGCAGGAUUGCAUUAGUCUGAGAAAGUAUAAAAAAACGAAUCUGUGCAGUUGAUGGAAAUGCAAGGGAUGGUGGAAAUUGGAAUGGUUAGCUCUAAUCUACCAAAAAUUCAGCUCAACCAUCAAAAAUUUUCGUUUGAAAAAAGUUGUUAUACAAAUUUAUUUACAGCUCUGCAGGAACCACUUCAUUUUGCGUAACCCAGUUCCAAUAUUCCGUCUCAAUUCUCGUAAUGCAACCAUUCCGUUUUCCACCAAUUCGAUGUUCUGUGCUAUAAUUGUUAUCGCGUUAGAAAUAGGAUGUAAAGCAGAAAGCAAAGGCGAAAAUUGUUACAACUUCAACCAUGCGGCUCUUCGUGGCUUAGAUUUAGCUAGGGAGUUAAACCAACGAUCGAAGGCCGGGAGUAGAAUCUAACAGGAAAAGUCCAUUAUUAAAAAUCAAUUAAAACAGCAAUUAUUGCGGGAUCCGUCAUAGUGCUUCCAACCAGAACGGGCCAGCAGGCAGCCAGGUAGGCUUCAGGUUCUCGUACCAACAGCCUUCCAAAUUCAAUGAGUUUUAACGUUAUAAGACAUAUAGGAAUAUCAAACACACAUACACAUAUGGAUAAGCAAGUAGUUUUACUUGAGUAACGUAGAGAAUAGAGAGAGAGAAGGAAGAAACGUAGCGUCGAUGAGUCGAGGAGGAAAAAAAUUAUGUGCCUUAUUAAGUAAUUAGAUAAUUUAAUUAUUUACAACAAUCACGUGUUGGGCAUCCACAAGGCGCCGUCUCUGGGUGAAAUUAUUUUAGUGGUAGUUGGAUAAAUGUAUGAACGAUAAACGAAACGUGCGUAGAAAAAGUUUGCAUAACCGAUCGAAUUCCUACGGUUCAAAUCGUUGAACGUUUGGAAACGGUAGAGUGAAUGAAAGAAAGAUGCAACCGACUGCGAGCGGUUCGAAAUUAUAGAUAUUUUUAUUUCUGUACAUUUAAACUUAAUACUCGAGUAGAAGAAAACAACAAUCACAGACGCCAAUUAUAAGCCAAGAAACAAUUUACCUAAGGCAUAAUUGGGAAAACAAAAAAAAAUGCCAACCCGAAAUCAGUAAAUGACAGAUGGGCUGAAAAUUUUAACCACAGUCAAAAACACAGAGACAGCUUUUGAAAUCAUAGUUAGACUUGCUUAGGACGCAUUUCUCUGCAACCGAAACAAAUGGCAAACAUGAGUCAAACCGUUUCUUCACAUAUAUUUUUUUUGUUGUUGAAAUAGUGAGUGCACCAAAUAAAACUUCCACGCCAGAAAGCGGAUUUUGCCGCAAAAGCAAGAAACUUCAAAACCUGACCAACAGCUCCAACACCAUUAAUAACUCAUAACCUGUAUAACAUCUCCGUCUGUACUAAUUAUUUUAAUAAAAUGUAAUUUUUAUUAUCAUACUAUAAAUA